AUGAUCAAAUCUUGCUUUAUAGUAACCUCACUUCCUUGUCUUUAUUCUUUUAUCGAUUUCCUUCUCCUAAGGCCUGGUUAUAUCAAUUUAUUACCCACCCUAAAUCAAAUCCUUUCUCCUGCCAAGUCCACUUGGGAAAACAAAACACACGAACAACACACUACCAGGACCAUGUCGUCGUUAGAUGCCGCGCUAGAUAUUUUGAGGAGACUUGAUCCAACGAAAAUCGAGGAAAAUUUGAGCCAAUUGAUCAAGUUGGACCCCAAUUUAGCAGAAGAUUUGUUGACUUCGGUAGAUACACCUCUACAAGUGAAAAAAGAUCCACAUGCGUCUCAAAAAGAGUUUUUGACGUGUGACUAUAACCGCGAUAUUGACUCCCACCGCUCCCCAUGGUCGAACCGCUACGUUCCUGAUCUUUCGCCUGAAGACCUUGCGGAAUCGCCGUUCCCCACGGACUCUGUUCGCCGCACCGAAGUGCUGGCAAACGACUCAUUGGACAUCUACAGAGACCUCUAUUACGAAGGAGGCGUCUCUUCCGUGUAUCUGUGGGAUCUAGGUGACGAUACAGAGGAAUUUGCUGGCGUGGUACUACUAAAAAAGGGCACUCAAAGUAAAAGCUCUUGGGACGCCAUCCACGUGUUUGAGGCGCUACAGACGGAAGGAUCCAGCCAAUGGACCUACCGGCUCACUACCACGACCAUUUUGCACUUGGAUUCCGGCCGUGAAAUGCAUCUUUCGGGAAACCUUACACGUCAAACGGAAAAAGAGGUUUCUCGUCCAGCUUCGGUUUCAGAGGGCUCAGACGCUUUCCGCGUGUGGCAUAUUGCAAACUUGGGCGCACUUGUGGAAGAAGUUGAGUCUCAAAUGCGGAACCAGUUGGAAGUCGUUUAUUUCGACAAAACACGUGACAUCUAUCGUGAACUAAGAGACGAAACACAAGCUUCGAGCGCAAGCUCAAGGUCUGCUCAUCAAGAAGUAGUAAAGGGACUUCAAGGUAUGUGA